UAAUUAAUUAAAGUACCAAACACAGCUUACUAAGCAUGGAAUCUAGCUAAACAAAAGCACACUCACUCCUCUUUUUACAAUUCUUCUACUUCUCUGCCUUUCUCACUCAGUCACUCCGCUCUCUCCCAAACCCAAACUCUUCACUCUUUACUCAAAAUGGGCAAGUGGUGUGGUGCUGCAUAUGUUGUGCUUUUCUUGGCGACUCAUUUGGCUGCAGCUAUUGAAGAUGGUCUAUUGAUAAAUGGAGAUUUCGAAAGCCCACCAGCAGGUGGAUUUAGAAGCCCAAACGACGGAUCAGGAGAUGGGCCAACAACAGUUCCAGGAUGGGAAACAAAGGGUACAGUAGAGUUAGUGUCAGCAGGUCAGAAACAAGGUGCUAUGAUCUUGAUCAUCCCAGGAGGAACACACGCCGUUCGAUUAGGCAACGAGGCACAGAUUAGCCAAGAUAUAAAGGUUGAAAAGGGGUCGGUGUAUGCUGUCACAUUUAGUGCUGCUCGUACGUGUGCACAGCUUGAGUCACUUAAUGUAUCAGUAGUACCCACACGAGCAUCAUCAGCUGUUGAUCUUCAAACAGUGUAUACUGAUCAAGGCUGGGAUUCAUAUGCGUGGGCAUUUGAGGCAGAUGAUGAGGAUGUCAAGUUGAUCUUGAUGAAUCCUGGGAUGGAGGAGGACCCCACUUGUGGGCCCAUUAUUGAUGAUGUUGCUAUUAAGAAGAUGUUUGUACCUGAUAAGCCCAAAGAUAAUGUGGUGCUGAAUGGUGACUUUGAAGAAGGCCCAUGGCUGUUCAAGAACGAGUCCCUCGGUGUCCUCCUUCCUACCAAUCUUGACGAGGAAGCAACCCCAUUACCAGGCUGGAUUGUUGAAUCAAAUCGUGCUGUUCGUUACGUUGAUUCAUUCCACUUUGAUAUUCCACAGGAAAAGAGAGCCAUAGAACUGCUAUCAGGAAAAGAAGGGAUCAUAUCCCAAAUGGUUGAGACAACACCACAGAAAGACUACAUCCUAAGCUUCUCAAUGGGACAAGGCGGAGACAAGUGCAAAGAGCCCCUCGCUAUUAUGGCAUUUGCUGGGGAUCAAGCUCAAAACUUCCAUUACACACCCGACUCAAACUCCACCUUCCGUCGAGAGGGCCUCAACUUUACGGCGAAGGCCGAAAGGACUCGGAUUGCCUUCUAUAGCGUGUAUUACAACACUAGGACUGAUCAUAUGAGUUCUCUUUGUGGUCCUGUGCUGGAUGAUGUGAAGGUGUGGGGGGCAUCUGGUUCUUCCAAGAUUGGUCUUGGAAUGUUUGGUUUUGGGGUUUGGAUUUUAGUACUCAUUUUGGUCUAGAUCUUAAAACUGCAGUGAGUGUGCUAUCUAAGUAUUUAUAUAUAUGAUUAGAGGAUGUUGUAGCCUGUAGGUUUUGGAUUCUGAUCUAUAGCGAAGGCUAUCGAUGUAGUGCUGCUAGUGCUAAAUACAUAAGCUUUGAUAAUAGAUAUUUUUUGUUGUAGAA